GUCUGAUUGUAGUGUCGCGCUUCUCUGUUCUUACUGAAUUGUUAGACUGCUGUGGAUUGUUUUCCUCGGGACAUUCACAACAAGGUUAAAAUAUCAAACACGUCUCAUGACACCAAUCCAAAGCGUUCGGGGUUUAUCAGGGGGGACCCGGAACAAUAAUUCCCCCACCCAUUUAACUCCUCAUCCGUUGUUUAUAUGUUGAAAAACUGAUGGAUAGAUUCAGCGUUUGUUGAUGGUGCAUUGUUGUGGUUUGCGAUGUAUUGCUGGUUCGCAGCCUCUUCGGCUGAACUAUAGAUGCAUGAACCGUUUUCGAGUCGUAUUUUUGCCGAUCCGUUUAGUUUUUCGCAGCUGAUCGUUGAAUCAACACAACAGCGUUAGCUGGCCUGGACAAAAUGAGCAGAAAACAGCAUCAUUUUAAAGGAGCAGAGGUCAGCUGCUGUGUUAAAUACUUCUUAUUCGGAUUCAACAUCAUAUUUUGGUUGCUGGGAGCUGCAUUCCUGGGUAUUGGACUUUGGGCCUGGGCAGAAAAGGGAGUGCUGUCAAACAUUUCCUCCAUCACAGAUCUGGGCGGCUUCGACCCUGUCUGGCUCUUCAUUGUCGUAGGAGGAGUGAUGUUCAUCCUCGGAUUUGCCGGAUGCAUCGGUGCGCUCCGGGAGAACACAUUCCUGCUCAAAUUUUUUUCAGUGUUUUUGGGCCUCAUCUUUUUCCUAGAGCUCACAGCUGGCAUUUUAGCCUUUGUGUUUAAAGAUUGGAUCAAAGACCAGCUGAACUUCUUCAUCAACAACAAUGUUAAAGCAUAUCGGGAUGACAUUGACCUCCAGAACCUCAUUGACUUUGCUCAAGAAUAUUGGUCGUGUUGUGGUGCUCAUGGGCCGAAUGACUGGAACCUGAACAUCUAUUUCAACUGCACCGACUCCAACCCCAGCCGGGAACGGUGUGGCGUUCCCUUCUCCUGUUGCGUUAAAGACCCUGCUGAGGAUGUCCUGAAUACACAGUGUGGCUAUGAUGUGCGGCUUCAAGGGGAGUUGGAUCAGCAGAAGUACAUUUAUACAAAGGGCUGCGUGGGGCAGUUUGAAAAGUGGCUUCAGGACAAUCUGAUUGUUGUUGCUGGGAUUUUUGUGGGGAUUGCAUUAUUACAGAUUUUUGGGAUAUGUCUGGCUCAGAACCUGGUGAGCGAUAUCAGAGCGGUCAAAGCCAACUGGUGACCCUUUGCAGAGGGCGACAGGUGACAGUGACCUGACUAUGGCAGAGAGCUAACUGCAAAUCAGCACUGUUUACACACCAUUGAGCUGGGAAAUUCCGCCCUUUUCACGCAAUGGAUGUUGUAUGUUAGCUGACUUUACAAAAUGGACUGUCCAUCUAUGUCUUUUUUUUUUCUUUUGUGGUUCCGUAUCUGAAAACAAGCUCUUAUGAGACUAUCCAGAAGGAGCUUAACGUGAGAUGUCACAUUGAGAUCAAGCUGUCUGUGAUCUCGCAGCUGUCUCUUGAUCGAACUCUAUUUUCGUUUGCCCUUAUUAAAACGUUCACCAGACUCUCCUCUGUGUCGGCGAAUAAUGUCAAGUGAAGGGUGUUUUCAUUAACCUGUGGAUGACUUUCUUAUAGAGAAACACGCAAAUCAACCACUGGGACUUUAAACAGAGGAGCCAUGAACUAAAAGCCUUACAGCAGUGCAUUUCACUAUGCACUUGUGUGGGUUCAGCUUUUUACACAUUCUGUCUGUCAGUCAUUCGAGCGGAUGGACAGUUGGACUCUAACCUCUGAUUGGCUCUCUGUUGCACAGAGAGUAGGGUAGCCAAUCAGAAUGACGUACUUGAUAAUUACACGUAAUGCAUUUAUUUCUGUGAGUUCUACCACUACUGUCGGGGAGGUGGAGAAAUGGUCUGUUAUUUUUCUGUAUAGCUAUGUUUUAUUCAUUCUCGCUUGUUUUUUUUGGUUGUCUCUGUGAGUAUAAAUCGAAUUAACCACUUUCCCAGACUUGCUUAUGAAUCUUUGUUUUUGCUACUCUGCUUGAUAGUGAUAUGCUAUAGUGACACUAAUAAUGUAUUAUUCUAAAUAUGAUGCUGCUUUAACUCAUAGAAGAUAUACAUCGCUAUACUAACCAACUGAACUUUUUAUAGAAAUCAUGAGGUAUACAUUCCCUCUGGGAGAAACACUUCAGAUCACGCAGAGUGCUUUGCAAAUGAAUCUGACGUGAGUGCACAUGAAGCGGACAGAUUGAAUUAUCCGUGCGUAUGAUCACAUGCCUUAUUGAGCCCUAUAGAGAUGGUAGCAGAAGCCAACGACAGUUAACACAGCACACGGACCUUUAGGAAGGCUUUUUUUACUGUUCACGCUCUCUUGCUCGUGCAAUAUGCAUGCAAUCAUCUAUUUAAAAAUGCAUGGCAUUGCAGACCUCUUUAAACACAUGCACACUUGUGUGGAUGUGUGUCCAUCCCAUUAUGAAUACCAUACCAGUGCGUUUUCACCUAGCUGUGUUAAUUCCCUUGUGUUGAGAAGGAGUCAUGACCUUAAUGAUGAUAAUGUGCAAAGUAAGAUAAAUGAUGUACUGCUGGCUGCGUGUAGAACAUGCUCUGAUGGUUUUAGCAGUGGAGUGUCAUGUCAGCCAGACUGAUCUGAUUCAUCUGUUUAAAAAGCCUUGCUCUUGUUUCAAGGGUCUGUAUAACCUGUGUUAUCAGAGCGCCUCGAAAAAUGUGAAGUUUCUCUUCUGUGGUCUUUUUGGGAGAUUUCGGUAUAUUGUGUAUAUAAGAGGCAAGUCUUUUAUGCCGAUACAAGAUUACAUGCUAAAGAUGAUAUUUAGCCCCCUUUUUGUGCACCGAAAUUGAUGAGAUUUAGGGAAAGCGAUCAAGAACAUGUCCAAGUUGCAUUUCAUUAUCCUACAUAAAAGACAAAAUGGAAAAAUAAAAUGAAGCAUAUUUACUCCCAAAUUCUCAUUAAUAUAAUAAAGUGUGUGUGUGUAUGAUUUUGUUGUACUGCUGUUGAUUUAAUUGUAAAAAUCUUUGUUACUGUAAUACGUAAAAAUAAUGUAUUAAAGUAACAAGAAUUGACUGAAUCGGAUUAAAGAGAAUUGAAAUGAUUUCCAAAGUAACUGUAGAGGGGAUGAGAAUUUAGGAUGAAAAUGUGCUAAAAAUACCAUCCCAAUGCAAAAAAUCCUAAUGGUCCUAAAAAUAAACUUAAUUUUCUUUAUGCAAAAUAACAUCUAUUAUGGGGUGAACUGCAACCUGGACGUGUUUUUGUGAGAUUCACUUAAAAUAUUGUGUUAAUUUUUUUUUUUCAUCAUGCAAUGGCCUUUUCUCCUUUUGUUUUUUUUGUUUUGUUUUUUUUUUGUUUUUUUUUUCUAAACAAAGAACUCUAACAUUCCCUUUUGAGGGAGCCUCUUGCAUAUCAUGAAUGUAAAGAUCAUCUCUUACUAAUGUUAUGUCAUAUAUAACUUACCCUUCAAAGUGCAAUGCACAAACAUGUGAAUAAAAUUAAUGUUUGUCUGACUGUAGGCACACAACUGAAAAACAUGGCAAAUCUGUGUUCGUGUAGUGAAUUAGACAUUCCUUGUGCAUGCAUUGGCAAUUUGUUUAUGAAGUGCAUUUUGCAUUUCAGUGGUUUUUCUGUGCUGGUUCAUCAGAAACAGUUUUGAUGAUUGGUAUUAAAACCAUUGAGCCUUUUUGCUGGCCUUUCUCUGUACCAGCUGUGGUAGUUUCUACAUUACAGUUAUUCGAAAUGUUGCAAAUCUAUAAACAGUUUUAUCGGAUAAGCUGGAGCUUCUGUCGACCAAUCAAGAACAGUUGUACAGAACAGUACUGCGUUGAUGGUAAACAUUUUGUAAUUGUGAAUGAAUAUCAGGAGAGUUUUUCAACGAUUUAAAGAUGUCUUGAUCUUUUUCCAAACAUGACAUUCUUGACAUCACACUUGUCACUUUUAUGCGCUUCGAAAUAUGAAUUGCAAAAGACCAAGAUUUUUGUUCUGUUUUGUUUACAUUCCCAUACUUAUUUUAUAAGUGUCUUCAUAGAAAUGUUUGGAUUCUACCUCAUCGUGGAGAAAUGACUUUAAACGUGGUUAUUUGGAGAGUCAUAACUCUAAUGCAACCGUUGUGAACAUUUUUAGAAGAGUUGCAAAAAACCCAACUUUAAGCAUCUUCGUCACAAACAUGUCAGUAGCGGUAGCAGGUCUUCUCUCACAGUCUCAGCUUUUCUUUAGAUGCUUUUAAGACAAAUGAUCAUUUUGUUUAUAAGUCACGGAAUGCAAAAGAAUAUAAUGUGGAUUUGUUAUUUGAAUUGUGAGAGCGACACUUUUGUCGUUUAAACUUAUCCAGUCCCAUUAUGGGCAGCACUAUUUCAGGACUCUGCAAACAAAUGCUUCUCAGCUGUAGUCAGAUGUCCUUUAACUAGUUUAUUGACUUAGUCUUCAUUAUCCAAUUUCAUAUUAGCAUAACUCAAAAUACCCUCUUAAACUGGAUAAUGAAUAUUGCACUUGCAGGACUAAAGCAUUUUCUGUGCUCUCUAUUAUAUUGAGUCAAUGAUUGUACUAACCUAUAAUAACACUCAUAAUUAAUGUGGUAUUUUCACUCUAUGAAAAAAUCUAUAAAAAAUUAGGAUCAUAUUUGGAAACCAUAGCAGUGCCACUGUUUUCCUGUGAUUUUGUUUCAUUUGAUGUUAUUUGUUUGUGUUAAUUUUUUUGAUGUAAUUCUUGUCCAAAGGUUGAUUUAUUGGUGGCAUCCACAAAUGGACUUUUCUUGUGGGAGAUGGUCUGUUACACUGUAUACUAUUAUACAAGAUAUGCUUUUUCUUUUUCAUAAUAAAAUGGAUUUAUGACAUU